AUGGUGCAGGAUGAGGGGGGACAGAAGAAGCCGCGCCGCGUUCUGUGCGCGCCUUCAGACUCGGGGGACCCAGACAAGGAGAGCCCGGGCUGCAAGCGGCGGCGCACACGCACCAACUUUACUGGCUGGCAGCUGGAGGAGCUGGAGAAGGCGUUCAACGAGAGCCACUACCCCGACGUGUUCAUGCGCGAGGCGCUGGCGCUGCGCUUAGACCUGGUCGAGUCCCGAGUUCAGGUCUGGUUCCAAAACCGCCGGGCCAAGUGGAGGAAGAAGGAGAACACCAAGAAGGGCCCAGGGCGGCCGGCGCACAACUCCCACCCGACCACAUGCAGUGGUGAGCCCAUGGACCCCGAGGAGAUUGCGCGAAAGGAGCUGGAGAAGAUGGAGAAGAAGAAGCGCAAGCACGAGAAGAAGCUGCUCAAGAGCCAGAGCCGCCACUUGCACUCGCCCGGCGGGCUGUCUCUGCACAGCGCGCCCAGCUCUGACAGCGACAGUGGCGAACCCCCCGCCUUUCGGCGUUAUCAGAAAGUUUGCAGCGUUUCCGAGCAGCGCCGGGAAGGCCGGACCAGCGGUGGACCAGGCACCUGCCUUGUCGCCCCAGAUUAG